AUGACUUCCUCCAGACCUUCACCGCAGGCUCAGAUUUACCCUGGGAAAGGGUUGGGAUUCAUAACUCUCGGAGCCUCCCUUCACAAUGUCCUAAGCCGCGUCAAGGCCCAUCCCCAGAUAUACCCCGCUAUUGAUAUUGCGUACUCCUCUGCAGAGCCCUUGAACAAGCCAGUAACCUUGCAACUUCCAUCGAGUGGUCUUCGUCUACGCUUUGAUGGACCCGACCAGCGACUUCGCUUGAUCGAGGUGCUGGACUUCUCCAAGAUUGCACUUGUUUAUAAGAACCAAGAAGUACUGAAAGGUGUGAAGCCGGGGGAACAGUCCGUGACACAGCAAGGCCCCAACUUUCGCCAUGUCUACAACCGUCUCUUUGGGCCAUCUUAUCCGGGAGAGUAUAUACCUCCAGAUAGCCCUCAGUCACCAUACGGCACCUAUGUGCUAUCGUACCCUGGUGUUGCAUUCUCCUUCCCUUUGCAGAAUUCGGCAUGGUCCGAUCAGUGUGACUUUGUAGCAUUGCUUUCCUCCUCAGCAGCAUUGCCAGCAACGUCUAUGGCCAUAUUCCAGGGCUCAUCUUGGCCCGAAUCUCGAAACAAGCUAUUCACACAGCAACCGCAAUUUCCGCGCUCGCCGGCAUUGGCAAGUAAAAGCCGAGAGUCUGUUCCGGAUGAGAUCGAGGAGUUUCUCAUACUUGGUGCCGGCAAGAUCGAAGUGGUGCGAAGAUCGAGCCCACCUGCACUUAUCUCGCUGUCAGAAACCACUCCUCAAGACCUAGUCGCCGAGUUCGGGCCACCCGAUGCCAUCUACCGUAAACAUGAUCGGAGAAUAGCUAUUCAUCGAGCCGCCGGCCGUAGCGGUGGCGAGGAUGCUCUUCACAUGGGCUCUUCUCCAGGCAGAGGAAUAGAUGUUACUGACAUCGAUCAAUCUUCAAACAACAGUGUGUCUGACGAUUCAGACGACGAACUCUUCCAACCAAACGCAUCGGAUCCUUCGUCACUACCGUCAGAAUGCUUUUUCAACUACUUCCACCAUGGCUUUGAUGCGUUCAUCUCCUAUCCCACCACGCCCGGCCCAGCCUUCCCAGAAUCUGACCAGAGAGACCCCACUCCACCCCCACCCCAUUCGCAGUUAGUGGUGACCAAGAUCAUCCUACAUGGAAAUGUGCCGGGUUCAUAUCCUUUCAAUCGUCAUCGCCGCAGCCGGUGGAGGAUCAUUUUCAGUUCGCCUGAUGAUUUUGUUACUUCCGAGACUCGUUACGAAGAGGUGUCAGAGCGUCUCAGGUCAACCUGGAGGGGAUCUUAUGCGAGCCCUGCGGAGGAGCGGGCUUUACAGCGGCCCAUGGUUUUGAACCGAGGGUGGGGCGACAGCCCAGAGAGCAGCGUCGAAUUUCUCGGUGGAUGGGAAGAGAGCACAGGCAAAGGGCAGAGGGCGGGCCACGACGCGCAUGACGGCGGACUAGGCAAUACGGAGCUCUUCGGAUUCCCUGGUCUGUUGUUCGAGGUGAUGAAGAAUGGCGCAGUAAGCUGCUUGACUAUCUAUUAA